UACAUGCUUCUAUUAGGGAACAUUAUUAGAAGACAUGGGAUUAGUUUCCAUUGUUAUGCUGAUGACACACAGUUAUAUAUCUCAUCAAAACCAGAUGAAAUAGCCACAGUGUCCAAAUUAACUCAGUGCCUUAGAGAGAUAAAAGACUGGAUGAGCUGCAACUUUCUAUUGUUAAACUCCGAUAAGACAGAAAUACUACUCAUAGGUCCAAAAACCAGUGCACAUAAACUCUCACAACUUAACUCCCAUUUAGAGGGAUGUACUAUUACAAGUAGCUCGACAGUGAAAGACCUCGGUGUUAUACUAGACAGUAACUUGUCUUUUAAAAAUCAUAUCGCUCAUACUACCAAAACAGCCUUCUUCCACCUUAGAAACAUUGCCAAGCAGAGACACAUCCUGUCUGUAUCUGAUGCUGAGAAGCUAGUUCAUGCAUUCAUGACCUAUAGACUAGACUAUUAUAAUGCAUUACUAGGUGGUUGUCCUGCAUCUUUAAUAAAUAGGUUACAGUUAGUCCAAAAUGCAGCUGCCAGAGUUCUCACUAGGACAAGAAAGUAUGAUCAUAUAAGCCCAAUUUUAUCAUCUCUACACUGGCUACCUGUUAAGUUUAGAAUUGACUACAAACUGCUGCUACUUACGUACAAGGCUCUUAAUGGUUUAGCUCCCAUGUAUCUAACUAGUCUUCUAACACGUUACAAUCCUUCACGCUCUCUGAGAUCACAAAACUCAGGACUUCUGGUAGUUCCCAGAAUAUCUAAGUCUACUAAAGGUGGUAGAGCGUUUUCGUAUUUAGCUCCCAAACUCUGGAAUAGUCUUCCUGUUAGUGUUCGGGGCUCAGACACACUUUCCCAAUUUAAAUGUAGAUUAAAAACUCAUCUCUUUAGUCAGGCGUACACAUAA